AGGAGAGGAAGACCCAGAGGCCGCAGCCGCUUCGAAACUUCCAAGAUCGCGGAAAUCUUUAUGGACGAUCAGACAGUUAUCGUGUUGCCAUUACUCCAAAUGCUACAGAAAAUGUUGUUAAUGAAACUAAAUCAAAACCUCCAAAGAAGAAAAAUACAUUUUAUGGAAAAAAAGGAAAGCCUGAUUUGGAGGAACUCAAACAAGAAGUUUCAAUGGAAAACAGAUUUUAUUAUAAUAACAAACUAUUUAUGAGAAGUUACAUGAUGAAAUGUUUAACUAUAUAGAUGAGUUUCAUCUAGAAUUUCAGAAAAAGGAUGAACAUAAAAUACCUAUCCAGGAAUUAUACUCUCGAUUAGGAACAAAUCCAGACUCAGGCUUAACACAACAAGAAGCUAAACAUAUUUUGGAAAGAGAUGGACCAAAUGCACUCUCACCCCCUAAGAAAACACCAGAAUGGGUGAAAUUUUGCAAAAAUCUUUUUGGGGGAUUUGCACUUUUAUUAUGGAUAGGUGCUAUUCUUUGUUUUGUUGCAUAUUCUAUUCAGGCAGCUUCAUCUGAUGAACCUCCUGAUGAUAAUUUAUAUCUUGGAUUAGUGUUGUCUGUUGUUGUUAUUAUUACUGGCUGUUUCUCAUAUUACCAAGAAGCUAGAAGUUCACAAAUUAUGGAAUCUUUUAAGAAUAUGGUUCCUCAAUAUGCUACAGUAAUUCGAGAAGGUCAGAAACUUACCAUAGCUGCUGAAGGUGUUGUUUUAGGAGAUGUUGUAGAAGUUAAAGGAGGUGACAGAAUUCCAGCAGAUAUUAGAGUUAUAUCGUCUCAGGGUUUCAAAGUCGAUAAUUCAUCACUAACUGGAGAGUCUGAAGCACAGUCACGUUCACCAGAAAUGACAAAUGAAAAUCCAUUAGAAACUAGAAAUCUAGCCUUUUUCUCUACUAAUUGUGUUGAAGGUUGUGGACGUGGUGUUGUCAUUUAUACAGGAGACAGAACUGUAAUGGGUCGAAUUGCGAAUUUGGCUUCUGGUCUUGAGAUGGGAGAUACUCCUAUUGCUCGAGAAAUAGCUCAUUUUAUUCAAUUAAUUACUGGAGUAGCAGUGUUUUUAGGAAUUUCUUUCUUUUUUAUUGCAUUUAUUCUUGGUUAUCAUUGGUUAGAUGCUGUGAUUUUUUUAAUUGGAAUAAUUGUAGCAAAUGUGCCUGAAGGAUUAUUAGCAACAGUAACAGUAUGUUUAACUCUAACAGCAAAACGCAUGGCUUCAAAAAAUUGCCUAGUAAAGAAUUUAGAAGCUGUUGAAACUUUAGGAUCAACAUCAACUAUUUGUUCAGAUAAAACUGGUACAUUGACACAAAAUAGAAUGACCGUAGCACAUAUGUGGUUUGACAAUCAAAUUAUUGAAGCAGAUACUACUGAAGAUCAAUCAGGUAAGAUUUACUUAUAAAAAUAGUAUAUAUUAAACAGUAUAUUUAAUAUAAAAAGUUUUUUAUUUUAUAUUUCUAAGAAACAAGAUUGAU